GGCCUCUCCCGCCUACAUUUCAAACCGGGAAGAUGGCGGGGGCUCCCGAAGCGGUGGCUGUCGCCGCCCCACAGAGCCAGGAGGCCGGUGCGGCCUUAGAGUACCAGACCUCGGCGGCUGCCUCUCCCCUGAAGGACUUCCGAGUGCGCUGCACCUCCAAGAGGGCCGUGACGGAAGUGGUGGAGCUGUGCGGCCGCUUCGUGCGGGAGCUCGGGGACGCGCUGCCGGAGGAGAUCCGCGAGUUCGCGCUGCGGGACGCGCAGUGGACUUUUGAAUCAGCUGUGCAAGAGAAUGUCAGCAUUAACGGACAAGCCUGGCAGGAAGCUUCAGACAGUUGCUUUAUUGAUUCUGACAUCAAAGUGUUUGAAGAUCAAUUUGAUGAAAUCAUAGUAGAUUUAGCAAGAAAACGGAAGCAGCAUCCCAGAAAGAUCCUCGAGUGCAUCAUCAGGACCCUGAAAGCACAGCAUGAAACCCUGAAACACUACCACCCUGCUAUACAUCCCUUGGACCUGAAAUGUGACCCUGACCCAGCUUCUCGUGUGGAAAAUUUGAAAUGCCAAGGGGAAGUCAUAGCUAAGAAAAUGAGUGAUGCCAUGAAGGCUUUGCCUGCAUUAAUUGAACAAGGAGACGGCUUUUCCCAGGUCUUAAAGAUGCAGCCUAUCAUUCAGCUGCAGAGGGUCCACCAGGAAGUCUUUUCCAGCGGUUGCAGGAAAGCAGGUGCCAAGCCCAAGAGCUUUGGAACAGAGGUAGAAACCACACCCCCGGAGAGCAGUGGCAGGAAAAGCUCCAACGUGGUGCUGAGGACAAAGCGAGCCCAGGACUGCCCCCAGAGAAAGUGCUACCCGUCGCGGCCAAAGAGAAUCCACCUGGAAACUUAGGCUCUGUGUGUUUGUGGGGGGUUGAAAGUCGGUGCUGUUGGUUGUCGAUCACUUACAGCCCGUAUCACAGGCUUCGAAUCGUUUAAAGCAGCAGCCGCUCUGCCGACACCGCUCUGCCGACACCGAGCCGCACUCUGCGCGUUCCUGCGCCGUUUGUUUCUUUAACCUCUGCAGUAGGUGAAAAGCCUUCUGAGUGUUGCCACAGGCCUGUCAGUGUCAAUCUAUUGUCCUCAGGUGCUUACAGUGUUUGUGGAGCCCCAGGUGUUUGCUCCGUGGGGUCUCCUUAGGAGGGACUUUCUCUCGGGGCGGGCCAGGCGGUGGGUCUUUAAAAGAACUGAUGCGGCUUCUGCACCCUGCAUGCGGGUUUUGAGGUGUAGUUUACCAGAUUGGCGAGCAGAUGACAGCAUUGGUCUACUGCAUUCUACAGUUGAUUUGGAUUUGUGGGGUCUGUUUUAGGGUUUGGUUUUGUAGAAGAAAACUAUUAUUUGUACAGAUGAAUGAACCCACCCGGAGCCGAUGUUUCCAGCCUGUGCUUUUGCUUCCCUGGAUCUUUGAACAUGUUAACUUGGAGCUAAGGUGUUUGGCUUAGAAUCCUCAUUUCUGAAUAGAUCCUUCUAGUUCCAAGUUUUCAGUAGGAUUGCUGCCUUGGCAGGAGCCACUUGACAACACAUGCUGCAGGGCAGGGCGUUUGUGGAGCUGUGGCCUCCUUGGGAGUGUGGGCAAGGUCUGCAGCAGAGCCCUGCCCGGCCUUCUCAGCACACUGCCGCUACUCAGCACACUGACCCCUCUGGCAGCUUUUGUUCUGUCUCCUGCACUACAUGGUGUAGACAGGCCUCUAACAUCACCAGGUUUCUUUCUCUGUGGCGGCAGGCUUUGGUCCGUCUGCAGAGGAGUUACUGAUCAUGAUUGGAAAAUCCAUGUUGCUCUUGCUUGUUAAGUCCUGAUAAUCAAACACCCUGGUGUGAAGCCACUUCAUUGCAUUCUUGAUUCUGUGUUUUAAUGUUACAAUUUGAGAUCUGUGUAUUUGUAUGUAAGUGUUUUUUUUUAAAUUAAAAUAAUGUAUAAAAACCAAAAA